UUGUCAUGGGAAUGAAACUUUGUUUUCUCCCUCUAGUGUUUUAUGAGCCACUAAACUUGCAAGCAACACCGUGAGCUAGAUAAUGUUACUACGACUCCAUCGAUAAUACAAAGCAAAAUAUUGUUUCUUAUAGAAAUAUUUAUUGUUAAACUUUAUCGGACUGCUCCGGGUUUGGUAGUAAUCGAGAAUCGGCUAGAUGAGCAGACUUGAAUGUGUGGGUUCUUCCAAGGUUCCACAGAAGCAGGUGGCCCCUGCACUUCUUGAGACACACAUGCCUAAAGAAGCUGUGGGAGCCAAGUAUUUUACUGCCGCACCCCGAAGUAGCCUUCCUACACAAGCAGUAUCAAAUCCUAUGAAGGUCACUCCACCUGGGAGAUUCAACGUGCUCUGUGCAGGAGGUGUGAAUAACAUUAGUGUUGGGUUCGCUGGACCUCCUGUGAUCCUCAGCCAAGACCUGAAGAUGAAGGAUAAUAAGAAAUCACAGCAGUCGGCUUCAGCUGUUACAGGAGGAAGAGUGUUUGUGCAGCCACAGGCCCAAACUACCCCCUGCUCUAUGUGUGUUCACCCUCCAGCGGAGCCCCUCCCCCCUCUUGAACCAGAAGGGGAGGAAGAGCACACUGAGGAGGAGGAUGAUGAUGAUGGUGAGGCAGAUGAUGAUGAGGAGGAGGGAUACAGGGCUCCACUGGAGCUGAUGGCUGAGUUCCUCAAGUCUGUGAUGGAUAAAGACUUUGUGCUGGCAAAGAAACUGUGUCAGAUGAUUCUGGUCUAUGAACCAAAUAAUCCAGAAGCCAAACAGUUCAUUCCUCUCAUCCAGGAGAGGCUGGAGAGAGAGCAAGAGGAGAAAAGCCAAGAUGAUGAUGAUGAUUGUUCAGACUCCGGUGAUGAAGAUGACUCUAGGAGUGAUCAAGACUCUCCUCAGAGUUCAGACAGCUCCUCCUCCUCUUCCUCCUCCUCAUCGUCGUCAGAUGAGGAAGAGGAGCAGGAGAGGAGACACAAACCAUGUCCACCCUCUCACCUUUCUCCAUAGCUGUCAGUCACCAGCACACUGCCCAGUCUGACAGUGGAAAUAUCAGUUAGUUUCUUUUCCUUUUGUAUGAGUAUAUAUAUAUAUAUAUAUAUAUAUAUAUAUAUAUAUAUAUAUAUAUCAAUUGUGUCACUAUUUUACAUUUCACAUUCGCACAUUUCCUUGGUGAGGCCAUCACAGCAUACAUGGUUUCCUCAUCACCACGUCCCUGUUUAAUCUUCAUGUAAAUUACACAAUAAAGUUCAGCAUCAUGA